CUCCGUCACCCAUCGUAACGUCCGGCUGUGGAGCUGAAGGUUCUAGUCAGCUGGCCGACACCGAUGCGAUCGUAGUCUGGGGGACUUGCAGCGGCCGUGGUGAAAAUGCGCUGGUUUGAGGGCUCUAUCCCUGCGGCCAUCGCCUCCGCCAAACAGCAGAACGCCGUCUUCCUCGUCGUUAUCACAGGGGAGGAUGAGCAGUCCUCACAGAUGACCGCCAGCUGGGAGGACGACAGGGUGGCCGAGGCUACCAGAAGCUCUUUCGUCGCGAUUAAACUAGAUGCCAAGAGCGAGACAUGUGUACAGUUUUCUCAGAUAUAUCCCGUAGUGUGUAUCCCAUCCAGCUUCUUCAUCGGAGAGAAUGGGAUCCCCCUGGAGGUGAUCGCCGGCAGCGUGCCGGUUGAGGAGCUCAUUAAGCGGAUCUCCAAAGUCAGACAGAUGCAUGCCCAGCAGACGGGCACACCAGACAGGGCUGUGGCUGUGGCUGCUGCUGCGGGUAUACCUGCUGCUACUGCUCCCCUCCAGCCCCCUGUGUCCCAGGACCCAGUUGUACAGCAAGUGCCUAUCCUGUCGGAGUCCCAGGCUAGCGCGUCGGCAGAAGACAGCAGUGCGGCUUCACCUGCUUCAAAAGAGCUGCUGUCUCGUCCUGUGGAGGACGGGGGGCCCUCGGGCCACGCCACACCCUCCGAUGACAGGAGUUUGUCAUCAGAUGAUGUUUCUCUCAGCUCCCAGUCUGACGAGAGCCUGAGUGCCAAGGUGGAGAGGCUGACAAAGAAGCUGGAGGAGCGACGGGAACAGAAAAGGAGAGGAGAAGAGGAGAACCAGAUAAGGAAGGAGGUGGAACGGAGGAAGAUUGGCAAGGAAAUGCUGGACUACAAGAAGAAGCAGGAGGGUGAGCGCACCAAGCGCAUGCUGGAGGAGCGCAACCGCGAGAAGGCGGAGGAGCGGGCGGCACGGGAGCGUGUGCGUCAGCAGAUAGCACUGGAUCGGGCAGAGAGAGCGGCUCGUUAUGCCAAGAGUACGGAGGAGGCGGAGGCGGCGAAGGUGUCAGCGCUGCAGGCGGCGAAGGCGGAGCAGGAGGCCCGGAGGGAGGUGCUGCAGAAGGAGAGGAGUGCUGUGGCCCGGAUACAGUUCCGCCUCCCAGACGGCUCUUCUUUCACCAACCAGUUCCCCUUGGAGACGAGGCUGCGGGAGGCCAGGGAGUUUGCUGCCCAGGAAGUAGGGAACCGGUACGGAAACUUCUCCCUGGCCACCAUGUUCCCGAGGCGGGAGUUCACACGGGAGGACUUAGACCGGACCUUGCUGGAGCUGGAGCUGGUUCCCAGUGCCUCAGUGGUGCUUCUCCCAGUGGGCCGACCUGCCAACACAGUGGUGCCCUCCUCGGCCGGGGGCUUUUGGUCGGUGCUGGGCACCAUCUUUUACCCCCUGCUAGCUGUGUGGAGAUUCAUCAGCAGCUUCCUCUUCCCUACCCCUCCGCGCCCCGGCUCCACUUCCAGCGUCCCGCCACCGCGCCCCGGACCUUCCACCGUAUCGUCUGGCGAAGCAAAAAGGGAACCCAUUCGCAAACGAGUUUUGGAAAAGCGAGCAGAUGACUUCAAAAAAGAUGGGAAGAUCUACAGACUGAGGACGCAAGAAGACAGUGAGGACGACAACAACACCUGGAAUGGCAACUCCACCCAGCAGAUGUAGCUGGCUGACCCUCAACACUGUGCAAUAACCAGUCUCUCUCUUGCGCUCUUUCCCUCUCUCUCUCCCAUUGGUGGAAACUGCUUACUGGCCGCACGGUGCUCCAAUACACUCACGCCCCGGGCGUCACCUGCAUGGGCACUUAUUAUUGAGUCGUGCCCAGUAGCUUAAACUCCGCCUCCAUAUCUUGUCAUCGUUUUGUGUUUGUGGACUGAGCUGGUCUGGAGCGCUGACGUAUCCUGGCCUGGAGACCGUGGCUGUGGGUCUAUCAAUUGGAGUGCUUGCCUGACCAUGUGACCUGCUAACAGCAUAUCGUAGCCAUGACAACGGUUUAGUUUAACGAUGACGUAACCCCAAAGCCUCCUGGGUGGGUGUCCCUGUUUUAUAUCCAGCUUUCUGUUGCCCCCCCCCCCCCCCCCCCUUGCAUGUAUAGUCUGCCACAGCAGCAGUCUUUCUUUUAGGUGAAAAUGAGAAUAAAUUUACAGCUCAUUUAAUAUGAAUAAAAAUUUUUCAACAAGCCACUUUGAUUCCAAUUUGCAUGAUGAGAUUUAAUCGUGGCAGAGAGAGCUCGUAUCACAUUUUUGGAGCACAUUGACAAGCAAAUGAACUCCCUUUACCUUGCAAAAGUGCUGCUAGAUUUUAAGGUUGCUCAUCAUAUUAAGAGAACAGAGGGUGCCGUUACAACAGGGUAACGUUGCAAAGUUUUAUCCAAGAAGAAAAGAUAUAAUUAGAGUAAGUGAUUGGAGAGACAUCUACUCUGCAUUACAUUUCAUAAUAAGGUGUAUUUUUAAAAAUGAGAGUGAAAAACAUGUGGGAAGUAUAAAACUCUACGAUCUUUGUCAUGUGUGACAUCGCUAUGAAUUAUGUCCACUAGGUGGCUGUACUUCUUGAAAUGUACUUACCAACAGAAAAUGUUGGUUUCAUGUAAUGGAAAAGGGGCGUUUUUAUCCUCCCCAGACGUAGCAUGAAAUUGCCUCCUCCAUCUUUCGAGGUAAAUUAUGUAGGGCCAUUCAACUGAAAUUGAUUUUUAAAAAUUAAUUUUGAAAUUGAAAAACAUUUGUUUGCAGAA